AUGGUCGAAGAUGCUGCCGAUCUUCUCGAUCCAUUUUCUUCCGCGGAAAACGCUGCCGACCUUGUGCUCGAGCAGGUCUUGCAGGAGGGUGGCAAACUCCUGUAUGAGAGUUACAUCGCCCGGAAAUCCUUCGCAUUCGCGGCUGCAGCUGCCUGCGAGGUUCUCGUCGGUGAGAUGAAGAUGCAAUUCGUCAGCUAUGAUAGGGGCGAGGGCCAGCAGCUGGUGAAACACCUGGUCUCAUGCCGACCAGCCACUGGCAGCAAAGCUGAUAUUCGCCGUCAUGCAGAGGACGAUGUCUCGGGUGCUCGAGGCGCUGUCGAAGCCGUGCCACGUCCAGGGUCUGCACCGGCAAGCACCAACGGGAGGCUCGAGUCGGCUGCGACAGCCACGCAGAUGGCCAAUAUUCCACAAACUGCCGCAGAUAAGACCGGUGAUAGUCCUGGAAUCUCCGAAGAGGCUCUGCGAGAUGGAUGGUGCCUCGAGUCCGAGCCUUCCAGGUGUCGGAUUGACACUUGGGCCAGGGCUUGCGUGCCAGUGCGUAAAAGCCGGCAAAAGAUGGUCGGCCACAACGAUUCAUCCCGCAAGGGCCAUGCAUCGAAUGGAUCUGUUUCAGUUCCCAGCAGUCGAUCACCAUCCCGCUUCGGUGCCCACACGGUAAUGGAGGGAGCCGAGGGGCUGAAGCAAGCAGCAAGGAACCAGAUGAUUCCACUAAUCGAUGAGCGCGAGGAGGACGCGGAGGAGAUGAUGCUGAGGGACCUCAAAGAGAGAGAGGCUCGAAAGCAUCGGGAGGAACAUGUCCGCGCAGAGCGAAAGGCUGCUGAAGAAGAGGCGGCCAAGCUCGUGCAGGUGAAGGAUGACAAGAAGAGGCAGUUUACCUACGACUCCGAAGGGAACAUGAUCGCAGUCCAGCCUCCGCAGCUGAAUCGGUUGCCAAACCCAUGUCCUGCCAUGACGUUCGUUUGCAAGGAGGAGGAGCACUCCCAAGAAACUCGGCAGCCUGAGGAGAAGAGAGCACAUCGUGCCCGUGACAGAAGCACAAAGGGCAAAAGGAGAGAUUCCUCUGAGUUCAAAGAUGGCUUCAAGAAGUUCCUGUCGCAGCAGCCAUCCAUGAUGGAGGCAAUGGUGAUGUCACCUGGCGUGGAACUCGAAGAGAGAAACAAGACCAAGCGUGGGGAGAAGAUAAAGAUUGAUCCGGGAACCAUGUCCCGGAAAGAAUACGAGGAAGGCAUCCAAAGAGUACCACCCAGCAAGACAGGUGCCAUGCCUGACAAAACCCCGCCCACACAGCCAUCAACAGUGCAAGAGUCGAAUUCUGCCUCCGGUGCUGCUGCACUUCCUGUCGCGCAGGCUGCUGAUGCACCGAGUCCUGAUGCUGCCAAAAAUGCGCGGUCUGAAGGUGGAUCCGAUUUGGUGAAGGCGCCAACUGCCCCGAAGGCACCGCCACCACGACCCCUGGAGCCUUCGGCUCCGUCAAUCAGGAAACGUGUUCAGCCGAAGCGAGAUGCUUUGGGAUACUCUCUAAGUGCCCGAGAACGGCUCCGCAUCAACGCUGGCUCGCGCUUCCCCCACUGCCCGCCACAGCCACCACUUGGCGCCACGAUGGGGCACGGACUCCUUCCGCAGUCGAGCAAAGAUCAGGAGUUUUACUUCCCGGGCGCGACAAGCAUUCUGGGGGAGGAGGAGCUUCGUACUCCGAGGGAGCAGUUCCAAGGCCAGAUCGUCAGCAAGAAUGCGCAGCUCAAACGACGACUGUUUGAGGGUAGGUAG